AUCACUCCAUUCAACAUUAAAACUACCGACAACAAAAGCCAUGACUUCUAAAGGGGCCAAGGAGACCCUCGUCUCCAAGCUGGGUUUUAAAUCCAGCAGCUCUGCGUCCAAAACCGAGGCAGAGAUGGAGAAAAUCAGGAAGGAGAACGCUCACCUGAGGAAAAAAAUCGAUGAAAUGGCCAAACGACACAUCAAACCCCCUGAAUCAGAGAAAAACAAGCUGCUGGAGAGGAUUCUUUCCCUUGAGAYGCUGCGUGAGAGGAACAAUCAGCAGUUGCUGCUUAAAGAGCAGGAGCUGGAAACUCUGAGACAGCAGCUGUCAGCUAAAGGAGGGGAGGUGGUUGCAUCGCUGCAGGCCCAGCUGGAGCAGCGGAGGAGAGAGACAGAGCAGAGAGACGUGAUGUUCCAGAGCUUGUCACAGGAGACUGAGAAUCUGAAAAACAAGCUGGCCACUGUUUCUGCUCGUUGUCAGUCCCUGGAAGCACAGGCCGCGAAUGGACCGGUUCCUGCUGGAGACUCAACACUUGUGCAAGAUCAACUCAGAGAUGCUCUUGAGAAGAACCAGCAGUGGCUGGUCUACGAUCAGCAGCGGGAGGUCUACGUUCAGUCUGUCAUCGCUCGCACACUGGAGCUGGAGCAGCAGCUGGCCCAAGCAAAGCAGCAGCAAACCAGCUCUGAAACCACUGCGGAGGCUUCUAGCAAUUCCCCAGGUGCAGAGAAGGACUCUGAGCUGAAAAGCCACUAUGAUCAGUUGGUUUUGAGGCUGCAGAAAGAUCUGGAGAGCCAGAAAGAUGUGACUGCCAAAACCCAACAGGAGCUGAAUGUGGAGAAGGAAGAGGCCUUGAAAGCUCAGGCGGAGCUGCUGCGUCUGAAGGAGCAGGUCAGCAGCGUCCAGGAGGAGACGUCUGUGCUGCAGAGGAGGUACGAGGACAAGUGCGGCGAGCUGUCCGCCUUCCUCGGGAAGUACGACGAGAAGAGCAAAGAGCUGGACGAGGCCAGGCUUCAGCUGCAGGCGCAACGAGUUGGCAGCAGACAUGCGGCAAAUGAAGAAAGAAAGGUGUCUGAGUGGGCAGAGCGGAUGAGAACGGAGCUGGACAGUAGGGAAAAAAAACUGGAGGAGGAGAGGAAACGAUCUGCCGAGCUUCUGAUGCAGGUUAAUAUGCUGCAGAAGUCUCUGCUGAGCCAAAAUGAAGAACAAAGGAGAAUCGCAGCUCUGGAACAACAGAUCCAGCUUUCUGCCAAGGWCUUUGAGAAUGAAAAGAUCGAUCGUCGGAGCAUGCAGCAGCAGCUGCACAAGGUUCUGAAGGAGCUUCGCAAAGCUCGAGACCAGAUUGCUAAACUGGAGUCUGCUAGGCAGACAUGUGCCCGCUUCUCAGAGCCCAGUUCGUACAAUAAGCUUGAUUUUGAGCGCCUGACUAUUGACGAUCCUCACGGCACCACAUCCCCGUCGAAAGUCGUCGGCCUCUUGGAUGAGAGUUUCUUGGAGUGUCCCAAUUGUCGGGCUCCAUAUCCAGCUAGUCGCCACAGAGAGCUCCUGGCGCACAUGGAUGACUGCUUUGCCUGAAAUGGCACAAMGUUUAUGUUGGUGUUUCCUAUUCUGGAAUUUAGGACUGUCUCUUACACACACCAAAAAAAAACAACCUUUGAUAUAUAAGAUCAGGGCCCGUAUUUAUCAAACUUCUUARAGUMGAUUUUUAGACUUARGUGCUGAAAWUUUYUUAGAUUUGCUCCUACUCUCAGWCUUAAGUGUAAGUGCCAGUUAUCAAAAUUCUUAAGUCUAAGAAUCACUCUUACUCUCCCAAACAGUUCAGACUGCUCCAGAGGACUCUUAAGUGUUUAAGAGUUGCCACCAGGGGUCUGAGAUGAACUGAGAAGACAGAGAUUACAGCUGUCCUCCUCCCCACCUGAGUUUAAUUCUCAGUUAUAAGGUCUGGAAAACAGGUUUAAUCAGAAAUGCAAAAAAAGAAAAGUACAACUAAUCAAAAAAUAAAAACUGCUGAUAAUGUUUGACCAAAAGGCAAAUAUUUAUAUGUGGCUUUUUUUCUUUAGAAAAUAUUAAAUAUACUCAGCUGGUGAGUG